AUGUAUCAGAAGUAUUUACCAGAAGAUCUUUUGUCAAAGACGAUGAAACGAGGUGGUCAAAGUUUGAGUAACGAGGACAGAAUCAGUGAGUUGCCGGACGCUUUGCUUGUGCAAAUACUGUCUUCCCUUCCAACAAAAGUUGUGGUAGCAACUAGUGUCUUGUCUAAACGAUGGCGCUCUCUUUGGAAGACGAUGCCGAGUCUUGAGUUCAGUUACAAUGCAACGAAUGAUCUUGAGCGGUUUUCAGAUAACGUCUCCAGGUGUUUGCUUUUACAACAGGCUCCAGUUCUUCAGAGUUUGCUUCUCAACAUUCAUAUUGAUGAUGAAAUUAAUGUGGAUUGCGAUAUCGGAGUAUUACUGGGAGUUGCGUUUGGACUGCAUGUGCGUGAAUUGGAACUCCAAGUUCACUCUCGGAAAUUUUACCCUCUGAGGUUUCACCCUGAGAAGUUGUUCAGAUUUCCUACAAGCUUGUACAAGAGUAGAACACUAGAGACCUUGAAACUCGGUCAUGAUGUUCUAAUAGAUGUCCCAUUUCCGGUUUGUUUGAUGUCUCUUAGAACUCUACAACUUAAGGGGGUGAGAUACAAAGACGAUGAAUCAUUUGUCAACCUUUUAAAAGGAUGCUCUCGUCUCGAGAAUCUGGAGGUUGCACUUUUAACACAAUCGGAUGUGAAGAUGUUCACUAUUGAUGUCCCGUCAUUGCAGAGGCUAAUAAUUAGCAGCGUUGGUGAAGUGGUCUAUGUGAUAAAGGCUCCUUCUCUGAAAUACUUGAAGAUUAGAGGGUAUAUAGAUUUUGACUCUGUUCUGAUUGGGAAUACGCCUGAGCUGGAGGAGGCAGUUAUUGACAUCGCUUAUACAGUCUAUGAUUACAAUCUGGAAUCUUUCACUUCAGUCAAACGCCUUUCUUUGUUAACACCUGAGCCGAUUACAUUUCCUACCGGUAGCAUCUUCAGUCAGUUGGUAUAUUUGGAGCUGUUUACAUAUAAAGCCGAUUGGUGGAGUCUACUUGUGCUCAUGCUCGAUGCUUCUCUUAAAUUACAAGUCCUCAAGCUCACCGGAUUUGGGCCUUGCUCUAACGAAGAAGAUGAUGUGGCGAAUCAUGACGAAGAUGAUGAGGUGGAGAAUCAUGACGAAGAAGAAGAUGUGGCCUAUGAGAAAUGGAAUGAACCGAAGAAUGUUCCUAUAUGUUUGUUGCUCCACCUCCAUAAUUUAGUGUGGAAAUUUUACGGAGGCCAACAAGAAGAGGAGAAAGAGGUGGCCAAAUACAUUUUCAGGAACGCAAGUCGUUUGAAAAAGGCAACUUUUGUAAGACUUUUGGGAAGUGUUGGAGAGUGUGAAAGUAUGGUCAAGGAGGCUUCGAGUUCGUGCCAGCUUGUGUUCAAAUGA